UCACGAUAGAGCGGUAUGAGGUGAUUUCCUGUCAGUGAUUUGGGCGGGAGCCUACACGUUAUGUAUGCAUAUUUGUCAUGUAGCUGUGUACAGCCGCAGCCUCCCGUCCUCAUACUGCUAGUGUAUCCAGAAACAGGAUUUCCGUGAGGUGUCUGGAUCCGGAAGACGCGGUCGGGUGAUUAUCAGACAGUCCAGCACAGCUGACACAACACCGGGCAGCGCUCUCAUCCCCGCUAACAUGGCCGCCUCUGCUCCGCCACCGACCUUCCACAUCCCGUUCACCGGCAAUGACAGGUUGCUGAAGCUGAAGGAAAUGUUUAUUUCUAAAUUUGGCAGUGAACCCCUGUUCUACGCACGGGCUCCGGGACGGGUCAACUUAAUAGGGGAGCACAUUGACUACUGUGGAUAUGCAGUUCUUCCAAUGGCUGUUGAGCAAGAUAUUCUAGCAGCUGUUCAACCUUUUGACUCUCAUAUUCUGCACCUAUGCAAUACAAAUCCAACUUAUUUGGACUUUUCAUUAAGUCUUAAUGACAUUGAGAUUAAUAAGACAAAACCUUUGUGGCACAGUUACUUUCUGUGUGGGCUGAAAGGAAUUCAGGAACACUUCAAUCUGGGCAUACCAAAAGGAAUGAAUUGCUUAGUUGAUGGGACCAUACCACCAAGUUCUGGCUUAUCAAGUUCAAGUGCCUUGGUGUGUUGUGCAGGACUAGCAACUCUAACUGCUAAUGGGAAAUCAUUUUCCAAGGUGGAACUUGCAGAAACAUGUACAAAAUGUGAGCGUUAUAUUGGCACAGAAGGUGGUGGAAUGGACCAGUCAAUCUCAUUCCUUGCUGAGGAAGGAACUGCAAAGUUGAUAGAAUUUGGCCCUCUGAGAGCAACUGAUGUAAAACUUCCACAAGGAGCUGUUUUUGUGAUUGCCAAUAGUUGUGUUGAAAUGAAUAAGGCUGCAACAGCUCAUUUCAACAUAAGAGUUGUGGAGUGUCGUCUUGCCACCAAGAUUCUAGCAAAAUCUAAAGGACUAGACUGGAAAAACCUGAUGAAACUAGGAGAUGUCCAAAGCAGACUUGGGGUCACUGUUGGAGACAUGUUGGCUAUUGUUGAACAGGUCUUACAUCCUGAGUCCUAUACACGGGAAGAAGUAUGUGAGACGUUGGGAGUAAGUUUAGAAGAUCUUUGUGCCUCAGUCUUAAGUCAAAACACACAAGACGUGUCCAUCUUCAAACUGUACCAGAGAGCUAAGCACGUGUACAGUGAAGCCGCAAGAGUUCUGGCUUUUAAGAAAGUUUGUGAUGAGGCACCUGCCAAUGCUGUACAGCUGCUUGGAGACCUCAUGAACCAGAGCCAUGUGAGCUGCAGAGACAUGUACGAAUGCAGCUGCACUGAACUGGAUCAGCUGGUGGACAUCUGUCUGAAAUCUGGUGCUAUUGGAUCUCGGCUGACUGGUGCUGGAUGGGGUGGCUGUACUGUUUCCAUGGUCCCAGUUGACAAGCUCAAUGUGUUUCUAACCAACGUACAAGAAAUGUAUUACAAAACUGAUGCCCGUCGAUCAGCACUGCAAAAACAGAGCCUUUUUGUUACAAAGCCGGGAAGUGGAGCUAUGGUAAUUGUGGAGAAAAAAUGAGCAGUCUGUAGUAGGUUUCAUAGGAUUCUGCUGUAGUGAAAUAUAUAUGCAUGGUAGACAUAACUAAGUAAUGUUAAAAAAGUAGCUCUUAAAAUAUAGGGCAAUGGAGACCUGCGAACUGAAGAUUACCAUACAGACAAUGAUUAAUAGCAUAUUUUUGCAAACCUCACUGUAAUAAAACUGGAAAUAAAGAAUUACUUUCAAAAUAAUAU